AUGGCAUCUGGGGAUUUCUGCUUACCUGGAGAAGGGACAGAAGUACUCCAACAAGCAUGCAAUAAACAGCUUCCUCCUUGUAACCUGAAUGAAGAGGACCUGUUACAGAACCCAUACUUCGGCAAUCUACUUCUGAAUCUCUCACAGCAUGUGGAUGAAAGUGGCUUAAGCCUCACUCUGGCAAAGGAACAGGCUCAGGCAUGGAAAGAAGUUCGACUGCAUAAGACAGCAUGGUUGAGGUCUGAGAUUCUGCAGAGGGUCAUCCAAGAGCUCCUUGUGGACUACUAUGUGAAGAUACAAGACACAAGUUUAACUUCUGAGGACAAAAAGUUUCAUGAGACCCUUGAACAGCGGCUACUAGUGACUGAACUGACACGGCUCUUGGGUCCCGCUCAGGAGAAGGAAAUGCCUUCAUUGCUGGGGCUGGAGAAAGCAGACCUUCUGGAGCUCAUGCCACCCUCAGAGGACUUCCUGUGGAUGAGACCUAGGCUCCAGCGAGAAGUAGAGGAACAGCUCAAGAAGAAGUGUUUCACCCUGCUCUGCUAUCAUGAUCCCAAUUCAGAUUCAGACAGUGAGACCCUAAAAGCAGCAAAGAUGUGGAAACUGGCAGAGGUCCUGGUGAGUGAGAAGCAGCAGUGCAGGGACACCAGGAGGCAGCAGCAGGAGCGGAUGGUGCUGCUGGAGAAGCAGAGUGCCACCUACUCCCAGGUGCUCCUCCGGUGCCUUGCCCUGCUGCAGAGGCUUCUUCAGGAGCACCGGCUGAAGACUCAGUCUGAGCUAGACCGCAUCAAUGCCCAGUACCUGGAGAUCAAGUGCAGUGCCAUGGUCCUUAAGCUGAGGAUGGAGGAGCUAAAGAUUUUAUCUGAUACUUACACUGCUGAGAAAGUAGAAGUUCAUCGUCUUAUUAGGGAUCGUUUGGAGGGGGCCGUUCAUCUACAAGAGGAGGACAUGGAGAAGUCUCGGCAAGUACUGAACACUUAUGAGGUCCUCGGGGAGGAGUUUGACAGUCUGGUGAAAGAGUAUACUCAACUCAGACAGGCAACUGAGAACAAACGCUGGGCCCUCCAGGAGUUCAACAAGUCCUACCACUGA